AUGAUUCGUUGUAACGCAUGCCACGCCAACAUCGGCAAUACGGUUCGAAUAAACUGUAGCGUAUGUCAGGACUUUAACCUUUGUGUCACUUGUUUUGCCUCGGGAGAAGAAUUGGAAAAUCACAAGAGUUGGCACGGAUAUAGAGUUUUGGAACAAUAUUCAUUUCCACUAUUUAAUGAAGAUUGGGGAGCGGAUGAAGAGGAAUUAUUGAUCGAGGGUGCAGAAAUGCAUGGUUUGGGGAAUUGGGCAGAUAUCGCUGAGUACAUAGGAAGCCGAACGAAAGAGGAAUGUGAAAAACAUUACAUGGAAACCUAUGUGAAUAGUGAAUCAUGGCCAUUACCGAACUUGAAUUUUCAACCUGACGAAGAGGCGAUAAAAACGCGAAAGCGAAAGCGUAUGAAUGAAGCAGAAUCUCGAGGGCAAAACUCUACACAAAAGAAUCAAGCUUCGUCUAAGCCUCAGGUUCUCCAGAGUUUGCCGGCCAACCACGAGAUUGCAGGUUACAUGCCAAAUCGACUGGAAUUUGAGAAUGAAUUCGAUAAUGACGCAGAAUUAGUUAUCAAAGAUUUAGAAAUCAAUGAACAUGAUGAUAAGCAAGAUAUUCUAAUGAAAACGUAUGUACUAGAGAUAUAUAACAAAAAGCUACAUAAACGUGCCGAACGGAAGAAGAUCAUAUUUGAACAUAACUUAAUAGAUUACAAAAAGAAUAAAUCAGCCGAGGAUGAAAAAUACAAGACCAAAGAACAAAAAGAGCUGUUUAAUAAAAUUAAGCCUUUUGCACAAACCUUAUGUAAACAAGAGUUUGAAGAAUUUGGGGAGGGAUUAAGUAACGCACAAAAUCUCCGUGCUCAAAUAGAGAGGCUACAAGAAUUUCGCCGAAAUGGUCUGACGAGUUUCAGUGAAGUUCAGAAAUAUGAGAAAGCAAAGGCUCAACGGCAACAGGAAUUAAACCGAGAAUUAGCGGCUCGUUCGAACGGACACUUAAUAUCCAUAUCGGCGGGUAUAGCACCAAGACAUGCUUCCAAAACUCCUGUACGUGUAAAUGAGCAACAACAACAAUCACCUCUGGCAUCACCUUACGGUUGUAAGACAACUCCAUCGUCUUCUGUGAGUAAAGCAACGCGCAAGAUACCUCAAGCACUUGAUCUUAAUGACGAGGAAGGUGUACAUUUACUAUCAGAGGCCGAAAGAAAGCUAUGUGAGAAUUUACGAAUACUUCCGAAAUCUUAUUUGGUGAUUAAAGAGACAAUUCUUAAAGAAUGGGCACGGACCAAUGGAACCCUUCGGAAACGACAAGCAAGGGACCUUAUACGCAUUGAUGUUAACAAGACGGCUAGAAUUUAUGAUUUCUUUAUAGAGAUGGGUUGGAUAAGACAAUUAUCAGACAAUGGUUAUUCGGGGGGGAAUACCAACACCAUACCUAAUGGAGCAGGAGGCGUCAGUGGUGCCGCGACGCCUAAUGGCAUUCACCCUCCGGCUAACAAUAAUAACCAAAGAAAAUACAAGCCAUGUUAA